AUGGCACCACUUAUUGACGAAACCAACUUCUAUCUAGAUGAAUCUCCAUCAUCGUUUGAACGAUCAUCAUCGCCAUCAUCGUUUUUUAAAGAACACGAAGGGCGCCAAAAGAAAUCGGUUUCCUUCUCGGUCAUGUCGGACUUGUAUCUAAUCCCACAUGCCAAGGACAUGAAGAAGAAAGAAAAAGAAGCCUAUUGGAUGAACAAGAAAGACUUUCGACGCAUUGAACAAGAAAACUUCUACACACUCGACGCCAUGGUGACGGAAGGCAAUUUCCCAAUCUCGGACAAGGACUAUUUCCGUGGAUUGGAGAACCUCAUGCCCGAAGCACGAAGCAAGCGAAAGCAAAGAAUACACUUUGUUGUCAAUGCAAUCUUGAAGGAACAACGAAAGAACAGAGUAUUGAAUGAUCAAUGGGUCGAAAAGUUCAACAAGAUUUACACAUCCAAGUCUGCUCAAGCAGCCUACAACAAGGGCAUUUGGGAUGCCACCGAAGCAACUCGCACGGAGGCUUCUAAAUGCAACCCUGAAGUCUGGAUAUAA